AUGUAUAAACAACGGACUGCUGGACUUUUGUGGUUGUUUGCAGCACUGCUCCAUGUGGCACUAGCGCUGGAUAUAACCUCCGAUACCACCAUCUCUGUGAGCACGACUUUCACGGAAGCCGUUGUAAUUCACCCCGGUGCAACGUUGACGUUGGAUAAUGGUGCGGAUUUCAUUUUCCAGGACGACUUGACCGUCAGCGGGACACUCGUUGCUAACCUUGCAGAUCCCGCCGGUAGUUUGAGUCUCUCAUCGGACCAUUCCUUGAAUGUUCUUACCUCGGGGGAAAUGACAAUCCAAUCUGUUGGGAACAUUAAUUUGGAGGUGGACCAAUUCCAUAAUUCCGGUACCAUCUAUUUAACAGGGUUGGAGUCGGCAAGGACAGUUACACCGGUCACCAUUUCAGGUUCAUCGGUGUUCAUCAACGAUGGUACAAUCGAUAUAGGAAGUCAGGAAACUGAAAACACAUUAUUGGAGGUUCACAUCGGGGAUGGUUCUUCUUCAGUACCAUUAGUGAACAACGGGAGAAUCACAUCGAACGGUGUGUCCUCUUUAGUCAAUGGUGCUUCUGUCGAUGGGACAACUGGGAAGAGGAUUUGGCUAAGGACUCCUUGUACAGGAACUGGGUCCGUUGAAGUAACAAACGGCAUUGUUAUUAUCAACCCUGGUCAAAAUGGGGAUAUCACACUGAGGGAUUCAGCAUUGUAUCUGUUCAACGGCGGGGAAACAAAUAUCGGUGUUCACGGGCUAGAUAGCACCCUGAUCGCGUACGUGGACAAAUCAGGUUCAGAUUUGGACAGCUUGCAGGCCACGUUGGAAGGUAAUACUAUUCAAUUGGGGUUCCCGGGCCCAACAGGUCUAAUUCAAGAUCUGGACAAUACAAUAAGUGUAUGUGACAUUAAAAGGGAGCUCGUCAGUUACACCGUUUAUCAGGAUGCUGAUCUCACUAUACAAUUGCCGGGCGUCACAUUCAGGGGGACUUUUGACGCUGUGCCGGAUCCAGUCACAACAACCAGCGUACACACUAAUGGACAGACCGUCAUAGAGACCAGCUCAUACUACACAACACCAGUGAAUGGAACAUGCAUGAUCGAAACCACAGUGCUUGCAUCGACUGUACCAGUAUCGAGCAGCAGUAGCAGCAGUAGCAGCAGCAGCAGCAGCAGCAGCAGCAGCAGCAGCAGCAGUAGUAGUGUGAGCUCGAGUCACCACUCUUCCAGUUUAACCUCAAGCGUGUCCCUGUCCUCUCAAAGCUCGUUGAUGAGUAGCGCAACAACAUCUUCAAGCGUUCAAUCCUCAGCUACUUCAACUUCCUCCUCUCCCUCGGUGGUUUCCUCAAGGGAGAGGUCUCGCUCUGAAAGCAUCCCAUCUUCAAGUGCAUCUGGUACACAAACGACAAGCUCAUCUGGUACACAAACAACAAGCACAACACUAGCUGGUAGCGGUAGUUUGCUGCCUUCAAAACAUAGCUCCGGCUAUGCCAACAGCACUACUCCAGAAACCUCGCCACAUCCACCAACUACGACCAAAACGGAAACUGCAAGUAAAAAACCUACUGAAGGUCCUUCUACGUCAGUCAAGAGAUCAAGGACAGUUAGUGGAGCACACACGGGGCAGGAGACUCAUACCACUGUGACCACACAUCAAUAUAAUACAGUAACGUCUACCGUUGUUGUAUGCGACUGUAUAAUGACAAAGUCUAAUGGGGAGCAUGUCUCCACCCACACGACGUUCCCAGUAGACGCUCCGCCAACAGGGAUGUCCGGUGCAUCGUAUACUACUACAGUGGUGAUCACGUCUCCCAAGAAAACCGCUAGAGAGAGUGGCCAUAUUGUGACAACCAGAACUGGGACCAAAACAAAAGGGGGUGAUCAACAAGUGGACCCUACUGUUCUCUUGGAGACAAAGCCGACAGUCGAAGCAAGGACAAGUGCUGGAGUUUCGAAUAUUGGUUCCUCAACUGUUGGCAUUUCGACGUACAAGGGGAGUGGGUCUAGUGUAAAACCCAUGUUUGGAUUCAUAAUGGCCAUUUUGAUGACCACUUUUUUGUGA